GUUCACAAUGCUCUGUGACUGCAUGAGCUAUGGCUCACUGAAAUUACUUAACCUGGGUUCCCCACUACAGAGCCAGAGAGGGUAUCAUUGGUACACUGCAUACCCUGUCUGCUAUAGCUUUAAAACCUAAAUAAAUAAAAUACUUGGAAUCUGAUAUACUCAGAACAACUGAACUACUCCUUGUCCAUUCUGCACCCAUCAGGGAUACAUAGAAGGUCCUGAAGUUCUAGAGACGCCGAUAAAUGGACUUGCACUGCUAGAAAAACACACAAGGAGCAUGGAUCAGUAUAUCCGAAGGUUAAAGCAAGAACUGGUAAGAAAGCACUCCUAAAUGGAGACAACUGUGAUUUCCUAUUUUUUGAACUCCAUUUCCCAUGAUGCUCAGCCUGCCCAAAAGCUAACUGAACACCAUAGGGAAUGAAUUCCAGAAACAUGUGGGGGACCGAGGAUGCCCAUCUCCGGUAUAGAGUUGGUGAGGUAAAUAUGCAGUUUUCUGUAAGGUUAACUACAUUGAUACAAAAUAUCACACAGUUACUUAUUAUCCACCGGGAUUUUAUAGGACACUGAACUGAUAUCAAUCUAUGGGCCAUCAGACUGCCCAUAUAUUGAGUACAAUGAAUUUACUAUUUGAUGCUGAUUAGGACAAAUGCAUUUUGUUUGUUUUUGUUUUGUUUUUAACAUAUUUGAUGGGUAAAAUCCAUGUUUAGUGUUUGGCGAUUGAUUGUUAAAACUAAAAUAUUUUUUUCUUUUACACAUAAUUAGACAUGUCACAGCACAUGAAGGAUAGUACAUAGGCAAAUAAAAUUACAAAACAUUUUUAUUGAUACACACAUGGUCUGAAUGUUUAAAUAAAGAGGUGGGAAUUACUAAAUACUGACAUUUAAAACUGUCUUGCACAUCAGGGGAUUGGCAUUAACCAUAUAUAAUGCCUGAAUAGUAAACAUCACUAGCCACUUGUUGGCUUUAGCAUUCAAAUGGUUAUUCAGAGUAUUUGUUUCAGAAAAAUAUAUAAUUUACCAGAGGAGAUGCAGUCACAUGUCUUGUGUGCAUGCUGGGGUCUGUCAGUGUUCGUGUCAAAAUCUCAAGGAUUCUUAGUUUGUAAUAUAUGGGCACAAUGGAAGCAUCACACAGUUUCAUUGGGGUACUUCUAAAAACAACUUGCAAAAGCUGCAGAUCUCUUGCUCCCCCAUCCCAGACUUUCUGUUUCUGUCCAAUCACAGAUUUAUAAUGCAGCUCAAUGAGAAUGCUUUGCAAGGUUAGGUGCUCUGGGCAAUUGCUGCCUCUUGAGUUUAGCUCAACUGAGCUAACCAAAUCAGGAAGUAAGGACCAGUUUUCUAAUUGACAGAAAGGAGAAGUUUAACCCCUUAAGGACCAAACUUCUGGAAUAAAAGGGAAUCAUGACAUGUCACACAUGUCAUGUGUCCUUAAGGGGUUAAUAAGGUUAAUUUAUAAAAGAUUAUAUUUUUAUUCAAAUCUGAACUGUUGGUAAAAAUGCAAAAAAAUUACAGUCUUCAUACAUGAAACACUCCAGCAAGCAAGCUAAAAUGAUUUAUAUGUCUGCAUUGUUCUUUUAAACUAUGUCCCAGUGUAUUUGGUGCCUUCUGAUUUAGUUUGCUUUUUUUUAUUUAAGGAAACAGUAACAUGUUGACCUGAUUUUGUUUUAUGUGAGGAAGUGAAAAAAAUAUUUGUUUUCAUUUCUAAUAGUUUCGAAAUUAUAUGCAAUAUUUUCAUGAAAAUAAUGCUGCAUUUUUAAGGUUAUUCAGUGUGAAUCGUCGGGAAUUCAAAGUGAAUUUCAAAGUCAGCAAUGUUUUCAGUUCAAUUAUUAUAACCUAAAAUGUAAAUUCACUAACAAGGUUAUUAACUGACGUCCACGUUUUGACAAUGAAAUCUCAAUAUUAAAACUUGAGCUAAAAUAGACAAGCUGUGACCAUAGUGGAGUCAGAGUUAGUCUCCAUGUUUCCAUUUGGAUAUAAUCUACUAAAAAAUGUAAUUGAAUUCCCAACCAUUCACGGUUUAAGAAAUCACCCUGGGUGUGUUACAUCUUCCUCCAGACAUCACGGGCAAUGUGAAUACCUUCAAUCAGGGUGAUUCACUAAAGUUAGAAUUCACUAAAGUGAAUUUCAAAGUUAAAGGACCACGAUAGGAACCCAGACCACUUCAGCUUAAUGAGGUGGUCUGGGUGCCUGGUCCAGCUAGGUUUAACCCUUUUUUCUAUAAACAUAGCAGUUUCAGAGAAACUGCUAUGUUUAUAUUAGGGUUAAUCCAGCCUCUAGUGGCUGUCUCAUUGACAGCCGCUAGAGGGCUUCCGCGCUUCUCACUGUAAUUUUCACAGUGAGAAGAUGCCAGCAUCCAUAGGAAAGCAUUGUGAAUGCUUUCCUAUGGACUGGCUGAAUGCGCGCACAGCUCCUGCCGCGCAUGCGCAUUCAACCGAAGAGGAGGAGAGGAGGAGGAUAACUCCCCGCCCAGUGCUGGAGAAAGAGGUAAGUUUAACCCCUUCCUCCCCCCAGAGCACGGCGGGAGGGGGACCCUGAGGGUGGGGGCACCCUCAGGGCACUAUAGUGCCAGGAAAACAAGUAUGUUUUCCUGGCACUAUAGUGGUCCUUUAAGGUCAAAAUAGCUGAACUGUAAGAAGUUAUGCUUGCUAUUCAGUUACUCUGGCCUUUAAGGGAAACUGUAGGCACCCAGACAAUUCAUUGAAGUGGUCUGGCUGCAACGUCCCUCUCCCCUUAACCCUGCAAUGUUAAUUAUUGCAGUUUCUGAGGAACUGCAAUAAUUACAUUGCAGGGUUAAGACUGCCACUGGUGGCUGUCAAUCAGACAGCCACUAGAGGUACUUCCUGCUUGUUAGGCAACUUUUGGUCACCUAGUAAGUAUUACAGCAAUGAUUUCCUAUGGGGAGGGCCUAAUGCGCUUGCGGCCCUUGCUGCCUGUGCAUUAACCCAACCCCCUGGUGAUAUCGGAGGAGGCGGAGUUCAACCAAAGCACCAAGUGAGUUCAUUGGAAUUGAGUAAGGGAGGGGGGAGGCACAAGGGAGCAGCUGGAAAUUAAACUUUGUAUUCCUAGUACUAUAGUCUCCCUUUAAAUUUAAAAUCCCCUUUGAAUUCAGUCUGAAUUCUCAGUGAUUUUGGAAAGCAAUAUGUGUGCAUACAUGCAAUGAAACCACCAGUACAGAAAUCAGAGAUUGGAGUACAUGCAGGAAUAUUGAAUUGCUACACUUCAAGACGCAAACCAGUUGUACACACUUGUCUCUUUACAGAUGUGUAGAGUGAUAAGUCGUCAUGAUUGGGGACAUAUAAUGACUUGUGGCCAAAGUUCAAUAUAUGUCGUUUUCAGUAAUGCUGUAGUAUUCUGUAAUUUAAAAUCGUAUAAUCUUAUUUAGUCAGAUUUCUUUUCUGCUCAGGAAGGGAGAGAUUUUAAUUUCAUAAGCAUUUUAGAAAAACCUAGAACAUGAAAAUGGUUUCAGCUGUUAGUGCACUUUGAGAAUUCAGUUUCAAUAAUUUAAAUCACUUAGAGCUCAAGCACUGAAUUAUUUAAUUGAACCACAUUUUGAAACUUGUAGUGCAAAGAACCAAGAUGCCGCCAAAUUAAGUUUCAGUUUCCCAGAACGUAGAGCAAAGAGAGAGGAGGGAGUACAGACCAGUUUUUUUCUGAUAUCACUGGUUCUUCACUACAAAAUGCAGAGGCCACAAAAUGCGCCAGAGACAAUGUCAAGCACUAGUGUUUGUCAUUGUAGGAUACAUGGUAAGGGUAGGGGGAGGUAUUGGUCCAUACGGGACAUAUAUAGUAAUUUUACAUGGUUAUUCAUAAAGUGUUAAAUGUUUGAAUUCAAUGUGAAUAUAAGAUGAAUUUCAAAUUUUACGCCCAAAGAGCUAUAUUGGAAACAUACCUGAUUUUAAAUAAAUAAAAUAAAAAUUACAGUUUGGCUAUUCUGCCCUAAAAUGUUAAAUUCAUAUGUAUUCACAACAAUUUACACUGAGAGGUUUAUGCACUUAACACAGAAUUGAGGUAAAUUGAAAACUGAAGUGCAAAAUGCUGGCAAACGUAGCCAGGCUGUGGCUAUAGAUGAAUGGGAAGAGGUUUCCAAGCCAGCUACUUUGGUAAUUAUUUUUAAAAAAUGUCAAUGUACCACAACUCACUGUUUAGUGAAUAAAUCCCUUCUAGUCUCAAACUCAAUGGUCAGUUUAGAAGUAUGUUCAUCUGGGCUUUCUCUAUAACAGGGGUUCUUAACUUCUGGGCCAGCACCUGAAGUUCAUAAAUUCAUUUCCCAAUGCUAUUUCAGGUGGUCCCUACUAGUUAGAAUUAGAACUUCAAAUUCGCCAGACUACAGGAAAUGGCCCACUAAAAUUGGUUACUGUUGCAUCAGCAUCUUUCAAGAUAGAAAGAGGAAGUCUUUGAUAUUGGGAAGAAUCUAAUGAAGGUGUUUUGUGUUUUUUUUUUUAAUAUAUAUAUAUUAAGAGAGAGAGAGAAUGUAAGCUCGUUUGAGCACGGCCCUCAACACCUUCUGUUCCUGUGAGUCCAUUUCGUCUUAUUGCAAAUACAUGUCUGUUAGUCCAACUUUUGUACAUUUGUUGUGUUGGCGUUUUAUAAAAAAAAAAAUUAUUUAUAAUUUUAGAAUAGAUCACCAAGCUCAUUUUGAAAAGAAAUAUGGGUUGCCAAGCUACUGAUGUCUGACUGGUAGGCCAUUGGUUCCCUUUUAAAAAAAGAUUAAACUUACCUCAUGACUAGAACACUUUACUAUGCUAAUAUGCUUUAAGUUCUAUUAUAGUCUGCAAAAAUGUUCAUCUUAUGGAAAAACAACAUGGUGGGACUUCAUAAACACUUUAUAAAUUACUAGUAAAUAUAUAGAUAGAAUAUUAUUUUGGGCUAUAUUUAAAGGGCAUUGUUAUAUUGAGCUAAAUAGCACACAGGCUACCAUGUUUCCCUGGACAUGUAUCACCUGUUUUUGAUCAUGGACAGUUGGCCCCCAGCAGCACCCUAAUUUAGCAUGUGUAGGUGAGUGCAGCCAAACCCUUAUUUUCUCAUAUAUGGUGAUGGACAGUACAUGAAAUGUGUUGCCUUAAAGUGUAUUCAAUCCAUAUGCUACAGGAAGGAAACAAAUUAACUCAUCAGGUUUCCUUUCGGUAGCAUGUGAAUAAUUCUUUUCACAUUGAUUUAUUUUUUAUUUCCUGCCCAGCAGCUUGAAGAAGUGAUGUGUAUCCAGGAAACCAUAAUAGAUCUGGCAACACUUACGGCAACUCAUCACCCUUUUCAUUACCUAUAUGCUUCAAGUCACAACUGCAAAUCUAAAUGUAAAAUGUCAAACCUGUAAAAUAGGCUAACCAUGGCUGGCUGUGGGAACUAGGUUAAGAUGUCUAUGAUUAGGUUCUUUGCUGUAAACGUCCACCUGUUCUGCUCUGGGUUGGACAAGAGAGCCAUAGUCUAGAGUAAAUCAACACACACUGACAGAACAUUCUAUGCCUAUUGAGAUAAAACACAACAGCUGUUAUAGCUGGAAUUCCUGCACACAAUAACACCACUGAGAAUAUGUUGCAAGUUCAAUGCAUUGAUGACUCUCCCACUAUAGAAAUAAAGGCAUCUGAUCAUUAAAUGUUUGUUCCCCCUCCUCCCUACUUUCAAUGAUCUGUUGUGGGAAGUUUAUGACUGCUUGUUAUGAACCCAUCUGUCUUGCAUGAACAGUUCAAAAGGAUCUUAAAUGGAAUGUUCUACGGCCAAGAACAUAGGUAAUAGUAAACCUUAAAGGAACAUCUGUGUUUAAAUGCAGGGCUGUCAUCAGCAUGUGGCAACUGGUGUGUUGCACCCAUGAUGCUUUGAGAGAUCGGUAAAUCUGGCAUUCUAGGUGCUGCUUGCUGCAACUCCCAUGAUGUCAAGCCAGCCUGGCGGCAGGCAUAGUCCACUUCAAAAUGCCAACUAUUGAUGUUACAGUAGGUUUUCGCAGCGUGGCAUGGUGCUACAUUCUAUGUCCAGGAAUAUGUCUGUUAGUGUGUAAAGAUGGACUGUCAAAAAUUGCAGUUUGCUCAUUAAACAAUUUAAACCAUAACAACUAUUAAAAAAAAACACCCAGAUAAAUAUGGCUCAAAACUACCAACAUUUCACAGUGAUAUCCAUACUUAUAUAUAAAGAUAGAGUCCAUUUGCAAGCCUUUUUAUAUUUAAUGACAUACCAUCAGAAACCAAACACUGGUGGACAUGCUUCCUGCCUUGUGACAUCAACAAGGAGCAGAGUCAAGAUUGAUGGAUAGUGGGUGUGAUAAGUAAUAAUUGUAAUUUAGCAGAGGCUUGGAGAAAACUCUGAAUGCUAAAGAUGCUGGGCAAUAGCUGUUACCUGGCUGAGCAUGCUGGGAGUUACAAUCUCACACUAUCCAGUGGACCCAUAACCUAUUGAACCCAUGCCUACAGCUGAAUUCAUACUUGUCUGCCUGUGAUGCAUUUAUGAUCCUUCUGAGAGUCACAUGUUUUUAGAAAACCUCCUGACUCUGCUACUGUAACUACCAGAUUUGCGUUGAUAGAGGUCAUAUGAUAUAUCUCACAUUCAGUGAGUUAUCUGUCAGUUUACAAAGGUUAAGGGGUUUAUUCACUAAAAUCACUACAAACAGUGCCUUGUGGACUAUUGAGAACGACACUGCAAAACGUAAGAUUCAAGUUAGAAAACAAAAAAAAUCUCCAAUCUAGCCAAUUUGUCACUCUCUUUUCUACUUUUUUUGUUUAAAAUAAAAGAGCAGAGCUAUUCACUAAACUGAGAAUUCAAAGUACAUUUAAAAUUUAAGGUCACAAUAGACACUCAUGCUUUCAGUUAUUUUGGCCUCAAGAAAGUCUGGAUUCUUUUUUUUUUUUUUUUUUAAUAUUCCAGCAGUUUUUGUGAUACAAUUUAGUUUUUUUAUUUACAUAUACUGGGUUUUAUAGUGACCUUUGAGAUGGGUUAGUGGCUAUGGGGUAACUAUCCAGUAAAUGUGCCUUUAGCAAGAGUUCCCCCACAGUGCCCUUUCCCACAUCCCCCAGUAUAAUGUCCCACAAUUGCCAUGGUGUCACCAUACAACUCUCAAUGCAUCUUCCUACAUUUCCCCAGUGCAUGUCGCCACUCACACAAACUGGUUCUUGGGUGGGUGUGCGCAUGUCAGUCAGUCAGGAUUUUCCACACUAAAGACAAUAUGAAACGAUCUAGGUAUAUAUAUUUUUUUUUUUCUUACCACUUACUCUGAAUAUUGUGUAUUGCAAAAGGCUUUUGGCAUUUUAUGCUAAAUCAUGCAAAAGCCACACCUGGAUAGGGCAUGAAGGGUCUACAUAAGAAAUGUAAAAAAAAAAAAAAUUUGAGUGAUUUUUAAAAAAAGAUUUUUAUGGCAUGAUACUUAAGUUGCCGGUGGCAAGUGAAAAUGUUGAGCCCUGCUAGUAUCAAAAAACCUCUUGCUCCUUAAUGAUUGUAGAACUCUACAUGAGUAAAGUAACCAAAUACAGCAGAAAUAUUACAGAAACCAAGAAAUUUAGAACAAACCGCUUUUAAAGCUCUCUAUCCUUUGUUGAACAUGUAGAGGUGAUGAACAGGCUCUGGCAUGCCCUGCAGUUCCACAGCAGUGUCGAAGCUACUCUGGAUUUGCAUACAGUAUGAGGGGCUUAAUUAACUCUCCAUGUCUCUAGAGAUUUGCAUAAAAAAGAAACAGAUCAUUUCCACCAAAAGCCUACUCGUCAUCAAGUGACAGUAAGAAGGCCUGCAUUCUUGCGGCUCUCACCAAGUAGACGGAUUUACUAUCCUGCAAAUAUUUUUUUGGAGCCUCCAUCCCCAGGAUAAAUCCCAUUCGGUCAGGGUGGUUAAUUUGUUUUAAUUUUUUAAUAUGUAGCAAGACAAGGAACAGCUCACUUGGGCCUGUAGCCCAUGUUAGUCUCUCCUCUUCCCCCCCAUGCUCCUAUUAGGGGGGCUGUAAAGUUAAAAAGAAACAACCCACAGUUUAAAGAAAUGUAUUUUAUAUAAUGCUUUAAAGCAGGGGGAUAAAAUAUAGAUCCCUAGAUAAAACUUCUUGUAUGUCCUAAACAGCUGGGGCCAUUCCCCGCUUUAGAAGAGCUAUUGUGGCAUUUAAAGUUAGGUAUUACUCAAUUCCAGUCAUAGAAGUGUGCAAGGAGAGAGCUCGCUGUGUACACACAAACGCAGGGCCCAAAUGUCCCCCUGUUUAGGUACAUAUGAACAUUUUUGCAUUGUCUUGGCUUAGGUUGUUAUUUUAUAUCUAGAGGCACCUAAUUUCGUUAAAGAAUUUUUUUUACCACAGAAAACUUUUUUCUCUGGGUGAAUGGCCUAAUGUACCCUUGAGUUUAUUGAGCCAGUGCUUGGUGUGAAACAUGGCCAGCCUGGCAUUGUAUAUUGAACUAGCAUUUGUUCCAGUUUCACUUUUUGUAUUACACUUUUUUCAAGUGCAACUUGAAUUCACUCCUUUCUUAUAUUUUCCCUAUUUCGGGCAAUCCAACAGUGCAGUCGCAGUCUGGCUGUAGUUGGUAAUUACAUGUAAAGGUCUGUGGACUCCAAAUGUUUACAGUGCCUAGAAAAGAGGAACAUUAGGGCAGGAAUGUUGGACAGAGGGAUUUUUUUAUUAAAUGUGGAUACUCUGUAGGUAGAGGUGAAUAUACAUUUGCAAUAAUCUAAUUGUAUUGAAUUAUUUUCCAUCAUGAGGUUUUAAUGCAUAAUUAUUUACCACCAAGUUUCUUUAACUGACAUUAAAAAGUGUCCCUAAAUGGCAAAUGUGAAAAGUUGUUCCUCUAGGCAGGACUGAAAGACAGAGACUGCCACGUGAAAUUCAGGACAACGUGCCACAAUGAUUUAAAUGAGAGACUGAAACAAUGGCAGUAGCCUCAACACUGUACAGCUUCACAUCCUGAGGAUAUGCUUAGCUUUGCCUUAAAAAAAAGCAGCUCUGCAAGAACAGCUUUGCAGUACAAUACAGAAAAAAAGGAACCUGACCCCUUUUCUCUGGAUUACGUAAAUGGAAAUCUGAUCUAAGUUUGCUGGAAUGAUGAGAAAAAUCCAUUUUCCGAUGCUUGGGAAUUAAGUACUGUACGUUCCUUAGUACUGCACAUUUUUACAUGCACAAAUAUGACAUCUCAAUCUAACCAUAGGCCAUUCUUGAAGCCUCUGCAAACAUCUGCUUGCAUUCUGUCUUGCAAAUUAGGUUAUCUGAAAUAUGUUAUAACAAAAUGUCAUGUACGUUUAGGCCUGGUCCGUGAGGUUUAUUCACUAAACACUGUGUUAUGGAGAAUUCAAAAUUUUAGUAUCGUAUUUACAUUUUACAAUUGUUUUCAAUUUAUUAUAAUUUGGUGUUAAGCAAAUAAGGCCGAGAAUAUUGAGGAACCAUUCUCUGUAAAGCAUUUUCCUGUCACAGAUGUUGGGAAUGUUCUCAAAUGAUGCAAUGUUAAGAGCCUCCGCACUUCUAAAUAUAACAUUUCAUACAAGCUAUAAAUGAUGUAUUAUAACACUUAUGUCUAACAUUUUAUGGAGAGGCACAUAUGCCAUUCAUAAUAAAAAUUUUAGCGUGUGAGUAAAUCUGUGCCAUCACUCAAUAGAGUUGUCUAUUGUGUUAGGAUGACUAGGAUGACGUGUAGGACAGGAGUGCCCAAAAAGUAAAUUCCCCAGACGUUCUAAAACUAGAGCUCCUGUGAUGCUUUGUAAUUCUAAAGACAUUCUAAAAAUGCAUGCAAAGUAUCAUGGGAGUUGGAGUUCUACAACAUCUGGAUAUCAGCUUACGGGCAGGGCUCUCUCUACCUCUUGUAUUUGUCUGUGUAUAUUUUACGUUUCUCCACUAAUUGUACAGCGCUGCAGAAUCUGUUGGCGCCUUAUAAACAGCAGUAAUAAUAAAUAAUCUGGGGAAUAUACCUUUUGGAUACCCCUGGUGUAGAGCAUAGACAUGUUUAAACAAACUGCACUUAUUCUAAAAUACAGGACAUUUCAACCAAUAUGCACAUGCUUCACCUGCACUUAGAAUGUGCAUGUGGAUGGUCUUGAUUAACAACCCUGCUGAGCAGCCAGUUUUUCAAUCACCCUAUUGAAUGAAAUGCACUUAUUGUAAGUGGCCAGAUCAGUGAUGCCAUUUUUGUGACUGGCACACCCACCAUCCCCCUUCCUCUUUUGGUCUCAGACCUGCCAUACAUGUCUGAUCUGUAAUCAUAUGCUGAGUAGGUAAAAUUCAUGUAUUUCAUAUUUUAAAUAGUUAGAGAAGGAAACAUUUUGUUUUAGAAAGUUUAACUGGCGUAGCUUAGUAAGUGUUUGAGACCUUCCCCACCAAGUUACAGUGGGAAGCGACAAAUAUAAAAUAUCUUUAUUUGAACUAAAUCCAUGAAAUUAAACAGAAGGUGUGAAGGCACAUUUAUGGGCGCUGUAGAACAGUGUAUUGAAUCUGUUUGCAAUAUUAUCUGCCAUCAUUGCUUUGAAGUAGUGCACAUGGUGUUUUUUUUUUUUUUUUUAAAUCUUCCUAUUGACUACACUAACUCUUUUCAAAUUCCUGGAAUUUUACUAGCUGAAGACUGAUGUUCUGCAAAACCGUACAAAUAAAAAGAACAUGUUGGGAAUUAGAGAUGGUCACGCAAAAGACUUCUUCUGCAUUCUGAUCAAAACAUUCCUAAUUUUAAUAGGUGACCACUUUUACUUUCUGUGAAGGUGUUAAUAUUUGGUGAAGGGAAGUGAGGAGAGAGAGUGAUUUUAUCCUAUGAUUUCACACACUGGUUGGUGUGUGUGUGUCAACAACAGCUGUUCUUUACCGUUUUCUUCCUUUCUCAGACUGUUUUGGUUUCCUGCAAAAACAUCUGGUUAAUUGAUAUACAUUCACAUAGAAAAAAGCUGCUCUAAUAAGAGGACAUCUGGACCACAUUUCAGUCACAUCCUCCAGCCAAAGUAUCUCUUUAUUAAUCUAUCAGUGUCUCCCAUUUACCCCUUCAAUUUUUCUUUUUGACAGAGAAUAAAAACAAGUAUUGAACUUUUUUUCGACGUAGAAAAGUUGUUUCUAACAGUGUCUGAAAACUAGGUGCAGUUAGCACAGUGAAAAUUACCAAAACAACGAUUUGAGGAAACAGAUCUUUAUAGAUAUCAUAUAUAAUAUAUACAAUAGAACAUUCCAGGGUUACUCACUACAGUGAGAAAUAAAAGUGGGAAUAUAAAAAUUUACACCAAAGUAGCUAAUUAGAAGAAGUCUCAAAGACAUUUUUGUUUUCAGUUUGGCUACAUUUGCCUUAAAUUUGUAAUCAAUUUUAGUGAAUUCUCUCAAUUCUCGCUUCAGUGAAUAAACCAUGAUUGACUGCAAAGCAUUUUAUUAAACAUGCUCACAUCCUGCUGACAAAAUCGUUAUUGAUUUUUUUCAAUUUUAUUCCAUGGUUAAACUUCCUUGCUAGAUGUUAUAUAUUUUAUGAUCUUUUAUUUCGGGUCAGGAAAUCAUACAAAAACAUGUGGUAAUUAUUAUUUUUAUCUUUAUUUAUGAAGUGCCUGACGUUUUUGCAGCUCUGUAAAAUGGGUGAAUUAAAAACAUGGAGGAGCUACAGAUGAGCAAAAACCCUAAUAAAAAGAAUGCAUUGCAGUGUCCACGAGCAUAAAAUCUGGAAUGUGUAACACUUUUAUACAAAGUGCAGGGUAAGAUGUCUAUUCUACACAAAAAUGCUAUUCUAUACGUUCUAUUAAGAGAGGUAUGUUUAUAUCAUCUGAUAACAUAUACCCUAAAGUAAAUAAGAAGCAGAUAUGCCUGAUGUACAACCAGGCAGCUCACCUGGUUAGGCUCUCUGACUGCCCCAUCCAACAACAAAACUCUGGAUACACAUGGACUCAGCCAGAGGGCUGAAUCCCAUCGCUACUCUGGCAUUGUGGCCUGACUAUUAGCUCGUUGCGCACCGGUAACCCUUUUAUUGACUCCAUCAUGAAAGUGUGGUGCUCUCUCUGCUACUCUCAUCAAUUGUCCACCUUGCCCUGCCCUUUAACGCCCAUUACUCAUAACCCUGACCUAGCGGAUGGCCUACUCUCUUCAGAACUGCACAAUUACCACCGAUCCAACUGGAAAUGUAUGCGACAAUGGUGUGGGACAGAUCAACUUAAGCCCUUAGCGGAAUUGCUUCCUGAGACUUCCCCGACCGGCCUGGAUGGAUUUCAUUACCAUCAAAUUUUCCACAGGGAUCGCACACAUUUUGAGGAAAUUAGUUUUAAACUACUGUCCACCUGGUACAGAAUUCCUGAUGUUCCAUACCGCAUUAAUGCAGGUGUGCUGGAGGAGUGCUGGCGUUGUGGGUCCGAGGUUGGCAAUGAAUUACCACAUCUGACUUACAGGCUAAAGUGACAUAUGUCUCCGUGCCAGAAACAAGUUUGCUACAGCUAUGUUUCAAUAGGAUGUACGAUUUAAAUACUUCUGACAAAAUUAAAGUACCAUUUACCUUUCAUGCUCUCCUUUUCUUUUUGUAAGCUCAUGAUAGAUAGAGCUAGUAUAUUGUUAGAUCUGACAUGUGAGAGGUGUAAUUCACAAUCAUAUUUUUGUGCUCCUCAAGACGGUUUUGCUCUCCUCAACAAAAUAUGAUUAUGCUUUAGAUCAGGUAAUACAUAUCAGCUUGUUGUUUUGGUUCUCAUAACUGUUUUAAAGGGAAAUGAUCUUGAUCGUGAUGGGAAUAAAAGGUGACCUUUUAUCCCCAUCAUCUUAUCCAGAAUGGGGAUAAAAGAGGAUCAGUCACGUUUAAUAAACAGAUCAUUGUUGCAUCAGGUGAGCUCAAAUGUUUGUCUUGUAUUUUACACCUGUAACAGACUGUGUUAAUCAGGUUUAAUGAAACUGGCAUACAGGCUAAGAACGUCAUAUCACAUUACAGAAGAAGUCUCUAGUAGAGACAUUUCUUUGUCAGUUCUUAUUGUCCCUUUAUUUUUAAAUCAUGCCUUUUGUGGCCUAUGGGAAAACAAAAUAAGUUUGUUUCUGUAAUGGUGAUCCCAUACUGUGAAGUCUGUGAGGCAGGGUGUUUACUCUUGGUUCUUGGUAAGUUGAUAGGGUUAGCACCGCAGGCCAACUAGCAUGACGCACAUGAGGAUAAGAAAAAAAUUAUCAAAAUUCCAUUUAAUUUUUUUUCUAGUUUUUAAAACAAUACCCCUUCUAUGUGAGCAUCUGUACAUUACAUAAUUCUAUAAGCUGUAGUGUACUGAACUUUGUGUGAGAUUUAAAUAUACGAUCAUGUUAUCCAAUCAGACUUAAGCAAAACAAAAUUAUUCUUUAAAUGUAUAUUUACCACAUAUACCACAAUUGUCAACAGAAUGUAUUAAUCAAUUUUUAUAUGUAUUGUUUUUUUAAAUGUUUUGGUUUUUUUGCACCUGAUGUGUACAGCGCUACAUAAUUUGCUGGCACUUUAUAAACAAUAAGAGAAAUUAUUUGAUUUAUUUAUUUUAAUUUUCUUCCCUUCAUCUGUCUAUGAAAUGUCUGCGGGCAGUACUUGAGAUAUAGGACAUAGGGUACAAAUACACACUGUGCUGUAUUCUUUUUCUGAGAUUGACAGCUUCCCUCCAGAGCUUAUAAGAGAAACAGAGAAACAGUUAAUGAUUUGGUUCCUGGGUCACAAUCAGUUGACAUAUGGCAGUAAGUCUCUCUGUCAACCAAUCCCCUUGCAGUUCCCUACUUAGCCCUUUGACAAGAAGGUGGCGGCUGGCUAAUGAAGUAGGAAAUUCACGCUGGUUUUUCCAUGAGCAGGUAUUAGACUUGGCUUUUUGCCAUCUCAUCCCAUGACAUCAUUAUCUAUCACAGCUUGUUAACCCAUUCUGUGCAGCUUGUCUGACAGGUUAGUUUCUUAAUUUGAAAUAUGGGAGCUGUGUAUGCCUUCCUGCUCGUUACACAAUAAUCAAUAAAAUGAAGAUAAUAGAUGCACUUCUUAUUUUCUUACAUAUUGCAUAUCUCCACUAAUAUAACUUUUUUACAUUUUAAUAAUAACCUUUACACAAACGUGAUUUCAAGCUAGUUCCUAGGGACAGAUACUAUUUUAUGGUUUAUUGAUUACCAAAGAGAUUUAAUGGUUUAAUUUCCUAUUAGCCAUAAUAGACUUCACUUUGAGGUUAUUUUGAGGGCUGUCUCUGUGCUUGAACCUUCCACACAGAGGCCAGGCAGCAGCCCCGGGCCGGAGCUGUGAUGUAGUGGUGUUUCUUAUUACAAUGUCUAACAACCAUCAAACGGACAACUGUGUGUGUGUAUGUGGAACUGUGUAGCAAUGUUAAUAAUUUUCAUGGUUUAGAUUUCAGUUUGAACAGGAAAAAAAAUUUUUAAGGUGCGCUGUGCCUUUAAGACAAAAAAAUAUUAUUUUAUAUACAAAACUCACGUAAUUGGUAAGUGUAAUAUUUAAAGUGCAAAAAUCUACGUGCUUAAGUUACACUGAAUGUGCACUUCACUCUGUGCUAAAAGCUUUUUACAAAGUGCAAUUUUUUGUGCAAGAACCACUAUGUUAUAGAUAAAGUAAAACACUCACUUAAAACAUUCCAUAAUGGUAUGCGAAUUUCAAUACAUAAAAAAGAAAAUAUAUGUAGUGUACUAUAGUUAAAGUACAAGAGAGAGUUCUAUAUCACUGCACAACCUAAAUAAAGAAUUAUAAGAGAGUAAAAUGAUAUGACUAAAGCCACUCACAUACAGAGAGCAGAUGAAGCCUGCUCUAAGUGUAAUCACCUUGAUAAGACAUCCAAGUGAAUAGGGCUGUGAAGCCACCGGUGUAGAAAACAGUCUUUAUUGUAACAUAUUUAAAAAGCUGUGCCAAGCAACUAAACCUCCAUACAACCCGACUUCACAGUUCUGUGGAUCAGUCCAUCUGCUAAAUGCCGCCGGCUUAUCUUUUGAUUGCGUUCGGAACUGUCCUCACAAACUGCGGGUCCUUCCAGGAGGCGAGGAAAACAUGAUGACGUCUCACACCGCGCUGGAUAACUAGUUUCGCCAGGUUUCUAGCUUCAUCAAGUGUAUAGAUGCUGAUCACUAUUUAUUAGUUAAUUGUGCUAGAAUUUCUUUAUAUAUUUUCUUGUUUUUGUAGUGACAUUCAGACCUCAUAAAGAACAUUUUUGCGCUAUAUGCUAUCCUCCCCUGUUAUCAGAUAUUACUGAAAUGGGUCAGCAUUCUGCACAUUACAGGUGUUAAAACCUCUUCAUCCGCUGUUGCACUAUAAUAUUCUCAGCCCGGCACUGCAUACAUGUUUAAUUGUGGCUUUUGUAGGCUACAAAAACACAAGUAUCAUUUCAAUGAAAUGUUACACAGGCUUAUGCAGCGAAAUGCGUAGAAGUCGGUUGGAAAGGAAGCGGUUAAGGGCUUUGUAGUUAAUCUGAAUGGACAGGAUAAAGACUGGAUAAAGACAGCCAGCUUUACUGUCAUCCUGAGAGGUAAGAAUCCAGACACAGGGAGAAGAUGGAAGGAGAUAUUGAAAAAUGUGACUUGGGAUCUUGGACUAAAAGUCAUUAGAAUGAGUGAGUCACAUAUAACUUGUCUCUCAGCAAACAGUACUUAAUGCUCUAUGUAUUUACUGUUAACUGCAAGGUUAACUUCUAAGGUUCUUAGCUACUGUUCCGCAUUGCUGUGUUUUGUGUGGUGUAUAGAUUAGCAUGUGUCAUGGGGGAUAUUAUUAUCUUCCAAAUAUGUUCUCUACAUUUCUUCCAUUGUUCUGUUAUUCUACACUCUAACACUCCUGCAUUCAUAGAUAUACACUCAUAGAUAUAGAGUUCAGAAAAUGGCUACUAAACUGGUUCAUCAAUUACAGGAUAAAACGUACCAGGAAAGGUUAAAGGAUCUUAACAUGUAUAGCUUGGAGGAAAGACGAGACGGGGGGAUAUGAUAGAAACAUUUAAAUACAUAAAGGGGAUCAACACAGUAAAGGAGGAGACUAUAUUUUAAAAGAAGAAAAACUACCCCAGGAGGACAAUUUUAAUAUUGUAACCCCUAAAAUUGAUUUAUUUUUUUGUGUUUGUUUGUGUUUUUUGCUGAGCAUAAGAUUACAAACAGGCUUGUCAUGCCCCAACAGCGGUUGGCAAGUUAUUCAAACUUCAUAGGUUUUGAUGCUGUAAGGCAUUUAAAGAAACAUGCACAAUUUUCAUAGUUUUUAUAGACAGGUGAAAUAGCUGGUAGAGUAUAAGAAUAAGAGAAACAAAAAUAAUACCGGUAGUUUAACCCCUUAAGGACACAUGACAUGUGUGACAUGUCAUGAUUCCCUUUUAGUCCAGAAGUUUGGUUCUUAAGGGGUUAACCCCUUACCGCCGGAUGACGGACCGGGCUCGUCAAUUGGUAAAGUUAACCCCAGAUUGCGGCGAUCACAGGGUUAAUGCUGCUCCGGUCUGCCUCUGUAUUCGAGGCAGACUGGGAGCACCGGAUCAAGCUGACCGUGCAGCAGUGAUCGCUCUGACAGGCUGUCAGAGUGAGCACACGUGCUUCAGGGACUUCUGAUCCUCCUCCCUGCUCUUCCACUUCUAGUGUGAAGGGCAGGGAGACAGAUCACUGCUGAUCUUCUCCCUGUUAAAAAAUAAAUAAAGUUAAUUUAAAAUCCCCCCCCCAUUUUAAAUAAUAAAUUAACCCCUUCCCUGCCAAUUGAUCACUGACUACAGCGAUCAAUUGGCAGGGACUACAUUUUACUGUGAUCUGAUUUUUUUUAAAAAAAAAUUUUUAACCACCGAGGGUCAACUUUUCUUUUUUGUAACCAUCAGGGGUUAAUUUUAUUUUAUUUAUUAAUUUAAAUAUAUUAAAUUAAAAUGAUAUAUUUAGCAAGCUGGGUGGGUGGGAGUUAGUGGGAAAUUGGGGAAUUUGGUGUUAGGCUAGCUAGGGGUUAACGUUAAAAAAGUUUUUUUAAAAAGUUUUACAAAGUUAAAAAAAAUGUUUUAAUAAAGUUUUUUAAAAAAGUAAAAAAAAUCCCACCCCCCUUUACCCAGUCCUAAUAAAAAUUAACUUCUUCCCUGCCAGUUGAUCAUUACCUACAGUGAUCAAAAUACAGACCACAAUAUUAUACCAAAAAAUACAUAAAAAAAUGUAAAAAAAUACAUUUAAAAAUGCUCAUUACGGGGGGGCGGAGCCUGGCUGGGGAGCUGAUCAGACACGUGCAGCAAGAGCUCUCGUCUGAAAUCCUACUUUACUCGAAAUAACCCCAGUUCUCAUGCUGCAAAAGUGUUUGAAUUUGCAUCACCCAGGUAGGGGCUGCAAAGGAGAACAUACAGAAGUUACUCCUGAAACUCUAAGCCGCCAGGAAUGCGGGCUGCAUUGAUGGGGCCUACCGCAAUGACGACUAGCCUGAAUAGCGGCCUGGACAGAGGUGAGGGCAUGGGUGAGGCGGCCGAUCGCCUGGCCCGGAACCCCCUGAAAGCAAACUCAGACACUGCGGAGUGGGGGAUAUCCCGGCACCAGCAGCAUACCCACCGCUGACACUCACGUCCCAAAGACUGCAAACACCACGAGUCCCUGACUCAAAAAUGGCGGAUACCACACGCCAGUCAGCAAACAUGGAGACAAUCGGAAAAUCGCCAAACUACACCCUGACUAAGCUAGAUGCAAUUUUUGCUGCCUUCUGGACCAGGAUUGCAGAGAGGGCACUGAACACGGCUAAAGCUAAUCGUACCACUCUUGCACCCGCACUCCCGGGCACCAAGAGGGGACGCAGAAUGAUAGCCGCCAGAGACCCCCCAAAGAGACACCGAAAACAGGUCCGGUGGCACAAGCAGAAACGUAGAGCCUUCACCAUGACAACCACACACCCCCAAUGUAAGCUGCAACAAUCCCACAGCGGACUAGAGGCGCCAUGCCCACCAGGACAACGCAGAUCGACUGCUAAAGCGCGACUUUACCACCCAGAUACCUGGCACCUAGUCAUAUCUACACCUCUGAAGUCUCAGGAGACAGGGGCUCCCGGAGACUGCAUCUGGCGACCGGAAGGGAUCGGAUGAACAUAGACUGGAGAUCGGAGUCUGCCAGGCAUGUCUCGUUACAGCAGGACUUUCACAGUAUGCCUUAUGUCGCAGGAACGGAUCUCUGACCGUUAGUUCAGCAUCGAGUAACAGAUGUUCUUCCAAUGUCUUUAUUUUACCUUUACCUCUUGCAGUUUACUAAUGUGGUGCCUACCUUGUCUCCACUCUAAUAGCGCAUGCAAUAUUUUAUUAGCCAGUCCUCACUAAAGGGGCACCUUAAGCUUGUACAAACGGAUGGUGAAUCUGCUGGUAUUUCCCUGUAGUCGACAAUGUAAUCUCACCCUAAGCAUAACAGCUGUCUAGUUUAUCGAUGCAAUGUUUAAUAUUUAGAAGCCUCAGCGCAAUUAACCGUGUUUUAUAUAUAUAUGUUAUAUAUAUAUAUGUUUAGUCCAGCAUGCUAAUAUAUAAACCACUGAUGUUUAAAAGCCCGUUAACCUCAUGUUAUUUAAAAAAAAUUUGUGCCAUUUUAACUGCCACACUUAGAAACAUAUGGUCAUACAUUGGGAAUAUUGUUUUACUCAGAAGAUGUAACUGAGCAUUAUUUGGGGAUUUUUAUGACAGUGGUACAUAUCAAGUGUAAGAAAUACUCAGCAAAAAUACAACAUAUAUGUAAAAAUAAAAAAUUUCCCCCCCUCAUUUUCUGCAAAAAUGGCUUGUGUUCUUAAGCGUAAGACAAGGUUCUGAAGCUGUGUCCUUAAGAGGUUAACAUUUCCACUCUGUGUUACCUUGUCAGUAUAGGUCAAAUGUUAGAAUGUGGUGCUUUAGCCGAUAAUUAGUCAGGCUAUACAGCAUUAGUUGGUGUUAACAGGCUAGAAGACCAUGGUUACUUGCUUCAAAUAGGUAGGGUAGGUAGGUAGCAUUAUGGUACUGUACCACAUCUAUAGGAGAUCAUACAGUGUUAGAGAGCGUGAAAACCAUACAGAAGGAAAAAUCAUAACGAAAGAGUAAUCUUUUGCAUGGCAUUCAAAACACACAGAAUGGCAUCUCCUGUUAUCUUGGAGAGAGUAUGCUCAGGUGGCAGUCCCAGGAGCAUGUUCAGCCGAUUCCUCUAAGCGGCAAGGUUGUUGCACCUCAUGGGCAAACGUUUCCCCAGGCCUGCAUUAGGGCCGUCAUCUUUAUUCCACAGACUUGGGUUUAUCGUGGCACCAAGUCUAUCCCCGUCAGGGAGAGGGCGAAAGAGGAGAGUGGCAGUCGCAGCUGUUUAAUCUUUCGCCACGUGGAUGAUACCUGGAGGUCAAACCUUGGAUGGCUGUCGACCUUAGUGAGCGGUCACAGGGUUGUGUAAGCUUCAUCUUAGGUCUUGUGCUCUAAGGUGGCUUCACCACACUCGGCUGCCUAGUUCUCCUGUUUCCCUUCCGCUGUACAGGCCUAUUGGCUGUGGUGUCUGCGUUGCGAGCUUGAAUAUUCAGCCAGAAUUUCUCAAAGAUCCGAUUUAGCCGCCACUGGGAAUAUGCAAUGGAGCCACUAAAGGUUGCAUUUGUGCCACGUGUGUUUGAGCAAAUGGGAUGUUGGCUAGUGGUUCAACAUCUGCUCAGUUUGAGUGGUAGACAGCCGGUAUAGCUGACUGUCCAGAGGGGACCGGGAUAUCCCCCUCCGGUCCAGAGGAGGGGCGGGUAGGAGAUUUGCAGUUAGCGUUGCUUGAAUCAAAGGGAGUAAAGCGGCUGUCUCUCCACCACUCGGUCUCCAGUAGGCUGCAGCCUGCCGCCGCCGUUCUUGGUGCCUCAGAGCAUUGAGUCUAGUGUCAAAACCGUUUGCAUCGCUGAAAUCUGUUAGGAAAUAUUUAAACAUACAUGACUCUACAUAAUGCUAUAAUGUAUCAGUCCUUCAAUAUACAGUGCACGUAGAUUGUGUGCUUGGUGUAAUUACAAUGAUAUUCCCAGGUUACCCAUUUCUUUAUUAUAUUUCUGGGGACCAAGCAAAUGUAAGAGCAGGAAGCAUUUGGAUGCAUGUAUUUUACUACCAACCUUCUCUUUAUGAUCGUUUUACAUCACAUUAAUGUCUGCUACUUGAGUGUUUAUCAAUAUUUUUUUUUUUAAUUCGUGAUUUAACCCGUUAAGGACCAACUUCUGGAAUAAAAGGGAAUCAUGACGUGUCACACAUGUCAUGUGUCCUUAAGGGGUUAAAUGUGGUAAAUCCAAUUUCUUCUGGCUGGAAUGUGUUAAUGCUUUCAGCCCUGCCUGUCCCUUUUGCGUGUGAGUGAAAAAAUGUGAGUGAGUGCUAAAAUUCUUUUUAUAGAGCCUCAGAUGGAGAGACGAGCCUGGUGAAACCACGAGCACCUGUCAUCGUGUAUUGAUCAUUAGCUGUAUCAUCAGAUGUUAGAAACCUAAUAUCUUAUCACAAAUGACAACAAGGGUGAAAAUAAUUUAAUGAAUUAGGGAACUGGAGAGACCUUCACUUCAUUACUGUAUGUUAAAGGUCGUUCUACUAAGAUUUAUAAGAUACAUUUUUUGCAUGAAGUUAAUUUAAAAAGACCAAAUAAAAGUAUGACUCUGACAGAAGAAGACAUGAUGGUUAUCACAUAUAAUAUUUGUUGAAGAUUGGAUGUUUUUUUGGGAUAUACCUGUACAUUAAAGGGUUACUUCAACCAAAAACAGGGUUUUUGAAAAUAUCUUUCAAGGUCAAUAGUCCUUAGCUUCUGGUCCUGGACUCUGGUGUGCCAUGAUGCUACUUCAGUGGGUCUUUAAUGGUGGGAGCAGGCACAUCAUAUUCAUCAGGGCUCAGAUGACUGUCCACAUUAAGUUGUUUAUUGUAUCAGCACUGUUUUCCCUAAACACAAUGGAAAUCUCACUGAAUAGAAUGAAAUGUAUAAUCUAUAUAACAACUAAAGAAUGGGUCAAGGCAAAUGUAUCACAAAGCUAAUAAAAUGUACAUUAUGAAUAAGGCAAACAUUUUAUUCAAAUUUCAUAUAUUGUUAAUUUGAGCAAAGCCCAUAGAAGCAUACAUGUUUAGUUUAAUAUUUUUUUUUUGCAUACUGGCAAUAUAUGGUUGUCCAGGUGCCUGACAAUCAUCCCAAGCUGCUGAUAACAAGAUCUGUUUUUUUUUCUAUAAAUAGAAUGACAUUCACAGCUAGAUUUAGCUAUAUUAAGAAAUAUUUUUGAUUGUGUGUUUCAGUAUCCUUUUGUAACCAAAGCUUUUGUGUUCUUCUCUGCAGUUGUCAAUGAAAGAAGUUGGAGAAGGCUUGCAAGAGCAGAUGAACAGUAUGAUGGGUGCUCUGCAGGAACUGAAGCUUCUCCAAGUUCAAGCAGCCUUACAGCAGCUGGAAAUUUCAGGAGAACAAAAUUACAUCUACAACGUGGAACAGAGUCAGCAUUGCCAAAAUGAAUGGGAGACUUCUGAGGUCAGGCAUUGGUCCAGCCAACAGGCUGAAAAAUCAAUAGCAGGUGGGAGAAGUCUAGACAACAGCUCUUUGGAAACCAGCCGAGGGUCUUCUGCUUCAAGCUCAUUCCACUCUUUCUCUGUACAUGGCACAACGCAAGGGCAUCAGGUGUCAUCUAAACAAAAGGAGACUGACACAAGGCACACAUAUUCCUCUUCCAUCUUGCCUGCAGCAGAGACUUGGAAAACCUGCGAAGACUAUGAACCACGACUUACUGAAGACCAUAAGGGCCAGCAUUUGACAGAUGGUACAAAUAUUCAACAUGAUUACAAAAAAUGCAUAGAUGAACCAUUUUCUGAAGAGGCAAAAGACUGGACAUCAUCUCUCAUGUCACAAAGCCGAAACAGGCAGCCCCUUGUUUUGGGAGACAAUAUUUUUGCUGAUCUUGUUGGAAAUUGGUUAGAUUUGCCAGAGCUCGAAAGAAAGUGUGAUAGGAAUGUCAAAUUGGUGAGUUCUAGCAAGUCUCAAGACAUCUAUAAAAAAAUAUCCUUAACAACCAACUUUUUUAAGAAGUUCCUGAGAAGUGUUCGGCCAGAUAGAGACAAACUUUUAAAGGAAAAGCCUGGCUGGCUCCAGGCAGAAGAACAAACUAUUCAAAUAUCUAAGAGACAUAAAAUUUCAAGCAAACAAAAAGGCAUAUUUUAUUUUCCAUCUCAGAGUGACACGAAAGGUUCUCAUGGCAGAUAUGAAAAAACUGGCAAAAAUAAUGUUAAAGGAAUUGGCAACCUUGCCAAAAAUGGUCAGAAGGAACCUGAUCGUGUAAACUCGGGGUUUGACAUGAAUACAGUUGUUUGGGUUUAAAAAGAAUGAAAGGAACUAGAAUUUCAGAAUCUGGGCAAAGAUUUGUUACAUUACGUAAGAUGUUAUAUGCACUGAUGGUUUAUUUAAUUCAGCAGAGCUGAAUAAUAAAAUAGGCUGGACAUUUUCCCGUUACGGUUACGGAAAUAUUGUAAUUAAAUUGUGGACUCCUACCAAACAUGGAAAACGUGUUUCUGGAAGAGAACAAAAAUGAAAGUUCAAUUUAUAGAUAAUGUGCUGAGCAGGCUUUCAGCACUAGAAAUACAUAGUUUCCUUUGAUAAUAUUAAACGCAUACAAGGUCAGCAGGUUGCUCAGGAAAGCAUUAUGUACUAUAGCAGGUUUGCCUACUUUCGGAUGUAAAACAUAAAUCCUAACUAGCAACUGAGUUUGCUUUCUAGGUAAUUCACAGUUAAUUAUUAUUUACCUUAAGUUAUAUUAAAAACCCAAUAAGAGACCCAUCGAGAAAUUGUUUUCUCUCUCCUGCCUUCAAGGACUGACCUACAAAGUGUUAAUACAGAAAAGAAAAUAAUGUCUCGUCUGUCUGUGUGAUUCUCCUAGACAAUAAGUCUCAAUGUUUUAAAUGAAAAUUAAACAAUUAGUUAUUUUCAUUAGAUGAGACUAGCAGGAAAGUAAUACACUCACUUUUCUAGUUACCAGCUUCCAAAAAAGAUUGAACUGAUUAUUGAUUGACUACUCUAAGGGGUUUCCUGCUUUUUGUUCCUGUUAUGUCAUACAUUCUUCCUUUACGUAACUGGAAACUCUCAAGACAAUGAAUGCCACAUGCACAAAAACUGAAAGAAUUAACAAUAGCAAAUGGCAUACUGAAUUACC